AUGAUAAUUAGAUGUACUUAAGCUGAUCAUUUAAAUCAGCAAAUAAUUGGAGUUUGUAUAGAUGGUAUAUGUUAGUAUUAAAGACCGUAUUGCAAUUUUUGCCUGCCUAAUCAUGGCCAACAUCUUAACAAUUUAACAUCAUUAGAACUUUUAGAGGGAUGGAUUAAUAAAAGAGUACUUAUUGCUCAUAAUAUUUAAUAAAAGGCUUAAGAGUGCAAAUUAGCCAUUGAUAGUCUUCUUAAUAAAUUUAUUAACAUACUCAAUAUUAAUAUAGUAUAAUUAUCUACUUUUGGACUUUCAUAGAUUGACAACAUAAUUAAAAGUUUAUGUUUAAUUGAAUCUUGUGAGAAAACUUUGACUAAUUAACUUCAAUAAUCAAUCGAUCAAAUUAAUUUGAUUGUAAAAGUAAAUUUGGAAGGCAAAAAAAAAUAAACGAAUUCAAGUUCAAGUGAUAAUUUAUUAAUUCAAAAAAAUUUUGAAAUAAAAGAAUUGAUUUUCGAAAAACAGAAACAUCUAAAUAUCCAAAAACAAAAACUAUAACCAUUUACUUUUGAAAUAUUGAAUUAAAAUACUAUUAGAUAAGGAUAAUAUUGUUUUGCUAUAGCUAUUAAUAAAGAUAAUUCUAUUGUUUUAGCAGGGUGUGAUAAGAAUAUUAAAGUAUUUGAAUUUAAAUAAGGGAAAUUAAAUUAAAUAUAAGUCUUAAGUGAACAUUAAUUAAAUGUUUUAACAUUAAAUUUUAUGAAGAAAUCGAAUAAUUUUAUAUCUGCAAGCGAAGAUAAGUAAAUUAUAAUAUGGUAGAUUAAUCAAAAUAAUUAAUGGAUUAUCUAACAAAGAUUAAAUGGACAUUCUGGUUAAAUUAAUUCUUUAUUAUUGAAAAAUGAUGAAGAUGUAAUUAUUUCAGGCAGUAGUGAUCUAUCUAUUAAAUUUUGGAAUAAAUCAAAUGGAUGGUUAUGUUAAUAAACCAUUAAAAAUCAUACUGAAUCCAUAUAUCAAUUAAGUUUGAAUUAAAUGUAAAAUAAAUUGAUAUCUUGUUCACGUGAUUCAUAAAUAAUAGUAAUGGAAUAUUCUCAAAAGGAUUGCAUAUGGAGUGUGAUGUAGACGAUAAAAGUAUACUAAUAUGGAUAUAGAUUGUGUUUUAUAAAUGAUAAUUAAUUCACAUUCUAACCUAUAUAUUAAGAAUAAAUGCAUGUAUUUGAGAUGAAUAGUUGUAAUAAAUAAUUUUUUAAGACUAAGGAAAUUACUGUAAAAUCUGGUUCAAAUAGUUGUGAUUAUCUAUUUCCAUAAUAAUAUAUAAAAUCCAAAUGUCUCUUAGUGAAUAAAAAUGGUUAGAAUAUCAAUUUAAUAAGGAAAAAAGAGAACGGAGACUUUAUGAUUGAGUAAACUAUUCAAUUUGGUCAUCAUUAUAUCUUUGGUUAAUUAAGUGAAAACGGUGAAUAUCUGAUCACUUGGGAUUCUAAGUCAAAGGAAAUACAAAUUAGAAAAUAUAAGGAAUUAUGA